ACUGUACUGCAUACGAAUAAAUAAUCAAUAUCGCUUUGUUGUUUUUGUUCUUCACAUUCGCUCUCUUCCCGCAUCAAUCCCGCGCGCUUCCCCUCCGGACUCUCCAAACGCCUUUCUCAUUAUCGCCUCGUCACAUGUUGACGUGUCCCGGCCGCAGCACUGCGGUUUUGGGGAGGAAAACGCAGGGUUUUCAGAAUAUAUGCAUGUGUUAAUGCGCGAUCUGCCGUUCGGUUCUGACCCAGGAGUUAAACGCUGAAACAGCUCCGCGCUCAAACCGGAGAAAACCGCAGGAAGAAUAAAGCAACGCGAGGAAACCGGAGAGGAGGGGCGCGACGUGUGCGUUUCCUCUGCGCCGCAAGAAUCCAUUGAGAGAGAGGGGGGAGAGAGAGAGAGAGCAGGAGAGAGAGAAGGAGAGAGAGAGAGAAGAAAGGAAAAGCAGCAGCUCCACGCCACUCCUUUGUUUUAGGAAAUCGCUUGAAUCGCUCGAAGGUCUGGAAUGAUGCAUCGCGUUUCUCUCGCGUUUCUCCGCGACGCCUGCUUCUAAAGGCGAACUUGUCGAUUUUCUAUUUAAAUUCGACAGCAGCGAGAUCCAAACCCUCCAGACGCGUUUCCUCCGCGUUCGCCCUCCAUGUGUUCUAGCUCGCCGAUCUUUCCACGGUUUUCCGCGUCUCUCCAGAACGCCUCCUGAUUUGCUCGGAGCUUUUUUAAUUUCUUUUCUACAGUUUUUGGCGUUCGGGCCCGAAAACACACGCGUCGCUCUUCAAAGGCCUUUAAUGCGGCACGCGCGCGCGUCACUCUGUAACGGGUUUUAACGCGUCAGAUGCGCGUCAGUUCUGCUCCAUAAAGCGCCGCUGGUUUCUCUCUCUCUCUCUCUCUGUCUGUCGUCUUCGUUGUUCUUCAUACGCAGCAUCUGCGGCCCUCUUCAAUGUUAAUGUCGACCGACGUCGCAUCUGUAAUGCUGCCCGUGAGCCGCGGGAUCCUGGACCGGGAUCUGGACUCGGGUUCGGCCGCGGUGCGGGGGAUGAAGCGCGGAGACCCGGAGCCGGAGGGCGCCGCUGCGGCGGGGGAUUCUACCGGGGCUGAGUGCAAACGCGCGCGGAUGGACGGAACCGAAGACAUCGCGCAGGGCUCACAGGACAGCAUGUGUGGUCAGGAGGGUGCAGUGGUCCCGUUCUUCCCCCCUCCUCCUCCUCCUCCUCCACAGAAUGGGCUCUCGCUGGAGUUCAGCAGCAGCAGCAGCGGCGGCGGCAGCAGCAGCGUUUACAGCAGCAGCGGGCAGACGGAGGCGGUGGCGGGGACCAGCAGCGGAGCCUCCAACUCCAGCACACAGGUGUGUGAUGCCUCUCCUCAUGCUGAUAAUCAGCUUGUGUUGGUGUCGAAUGCUGUAGCGAUCCGUGAAGACUCUUCAGAUGCCAAAGGGACCCCCAAACGCCUCCACGUCUCCAACAUCCCCUUCCGCUUCAGAGACCCUGACCUGCGGCAGAUGUUCGGGCAAUUUGGAAAGAUUCUGGAUGUGGAGAUCAUCUUCAAUGAAAGGGGCUCAAAGGGUUUUGGGUUUGUGACGUUCGAGUCGAGCGGGGAUGCAGAAAAGGCUCGCGAGCGGCUCCACGGCACCAUCGUGGAGGGCCGGAAGAUCGAGGUCAAUAACGCUACGGCUCGAGUGAUGACCAAUAAGAAGAUGGUUAGCCCGUAUGCUAACGGGGACAGUCUCGGCGCACUGCCCUACGCUGGGUGGAAACUGAGCCCCAUGAUGAGCGCCAUGUACGGGCCGGAGUUCUACGCAGUUCCAGGGUUUCCGUAUUCGACCACCGCCGCCGCCGCAGCUGCCGCAUCCACCGCUGCCAGCUUCAGAGGAGCUCACCUGCGGGGCCGUGGAAGACCGGUGUACGGAGCGGUGCGCGCUGCUGUCCCUCAGGCUGCCAUAUCCGCAUACCCUGGAAUAGUGUUUCAGGACACUCUGGUUAGUAGCAGAAUGCCUCAGAGCGGCUAUACUGCGUACCGCUACACCCAGCCCACAGCGGUAGCGAGUCCAACAGCGGCGGCGGCAGCAGCGGCGGCCGCAUACAGUGACAGCUAUGGUCGUGUGUACGCAGCAGACCCGUAUGCGGCUGCACUUGCGACUCCAGCAGCGGCGGCGGCAGCAGCAUAUGGAGUCGGAGCGAUGGCGACUCUGUACAGAGGAGGAUACAGCCGGUUUUCGCCAUAUUAAACCCCUUUAAACACUUCCAGAUUUCCGUCUCUCUGAUACUUCACCAACAGCUGCUGACCUCGGAGGGAAAAAAUCCAAUCACACUUUUUGGACAACAAACAAAAUCAAAACACGUCUGUUACGAACGAACACUCGAUUUAAGGAAUGCAACUAUACAUCCAAGAGGUUGGAUUUCCAAUAGUUUUUUUUUUUGUUUUGUUUUUUUAAGGAAACCUGACAACACUAAACGGUAACAGAUGAAACUCUGACUGAAACUGCUUGACUGAAGCGCGAAUCAUUUCUUCCUUUGGCUCGUCUCUCUGCACAUAUGCAUGCAGUACCGGCUCUAGACUGCCUCUAGUGGCCAUCGAACUACAUGUGCUCAGAGUGGCAGGACUGCAGCGAACAAAAAAAAACCCGAAAAUACACCACCCUUCACUUUCUCUCACACUACAAUAAUUAUCGAUAUUCUUUAAGAAAUGUAGACUUUCACCGGGAAUGCUCCUGUCUCCGUUUUUGAGGAUGGAUGUGAAUACUUUGGAUGCCAUCCGCUCUGUAAGGGAGGACGAUGCUAUUAUCCCAAAUACAGCGACGUGAUGAGAGGUCGUGGUCUUCCUUUCCUCGGAAAGAUCAUGAAGGAGAGAAACUGCGACGGCUGUUACAGAUAUAUCCGUGAAGUGUGCGCACACCACCGGGACGACGUGUCAUAAUAAUCCGUCUUGCUGAAAGCUUUGUGUUCUUUAAACAGUACCUCCGUUCUGACCAUUUUCAAGAGGCGUACCUUUAAAAUUAAAUAGUCAUUAUAUGCAAGUAAACUAGAAUAGACACACAAUUUUACCAAACAUUAUUAUUAUUAUUGUUAUUAUUAUUAUUAUCAUCAUUAGUUUCUCAUGGUUGUUGUGUGAUGAAGGGAAGGACUCCAUCUGAACCCACAAUAAUUCACGGCAUAUAGCAAGUAUUUAAAUUAAGCUUAGAAUAUAAUCUUUUCUUUUCCUUCAGAUUUUGGGAAGAGAGCUCUUGUUGAGGGAGAUCCACAAGCUCUUUUAUUAGCAUAGUUUUGUAAAAUAUGCAACUUUCAGCCCAAAUUUCAAAGUGGAUCAAAAAAAAAAAAGGUUUGUUUUUAAAGGAGAUCUACAUAGUAUUUUUGUCUUCUUCUUUUGGCAGAGAGUGUCCUCUUUCCCUUCACUAUAUUGGUAUUUUUUGCUUAUUUUCGGUUCCAAAGAAGAGUCAAGCACAUUCUUGAUUUUUGUGUGUAAACGUGUUUGUAAUUCUAUUGUUUGCUUUAUUUUUUUAAUGUAUGGAUAGGUUUUUGAUAUUGUUUGAAGUGGCUCGUUAAUUAUUUCAAAAUGGCUGGACGUGGAUUUGCAGCAUCCUCUUAUUGCAGUCCGACAGAGCCGCCGCUUUUACUUUAUCUGUGAACACACACACACACACACACACACACACAUUUCACCUUUUGAACAUGCGAUUCAGUAGUUUUAGGAGUAUCCUGGUGCAGGACUAAAACAUUAGUCAUCUUAUUUAAUUUGACCUCAUCGGUUUGUUUCGUGUGCAUGAUGACGGGUUGUGACACUAAAAGUUCUGGCCUGAUGACAAACGGACCACAGUAUGAACACUAAACCAGACGACUCUGCUUUUCUUUUGAUUUGUUUAGUCUUUUAUGUUGAAAUGGUACUUGCAGUCUAUGCAUACACUUUCCACAGUAUUACAAGAGAUUAAAGUAUCUCCGUACCUACAAUUCUGACCUUUUAAAGAUGCUUUCAGAACAGAUAUUGCUUGAUUCUCUAUUUUCUGUCCUUUAUUGGUUUCUCCUGUGGUGGUUCUGCACCGCUGCGACUUCUUUAAUACGAGGAGAUGGAACUCUUGCGUGACGUUUGUCUUCUGAUGAAGGGGUGAGAAGCUUGAGACCCCUCCAUCCAUUCGUGCAGUAAAGGAAUAAAGAUGGCGUCUCUUUUAUUCUCCAUUGACGCACCUUAUGAAUAUGAUACCCGUUCCACAUACUCUCUCUCUCUCCUUUGGUUUACAGUGUAAUCGUGUUUUUGAGUUGAGCUCUUUCUCUCUCUGCAUAUUCUGAUUCCAUUUGUGAUGUAAUUUGUAUCUGAAUGUCCAUAUAAACUGUUUUUUUAAACAA